AUGUCAGAAGGUCAUACAUCCUAUGAAGAUAAUAACGUUAAUAUUACCAAAGAACAAUUUACAGAAUAUCAGAACCUUAUAAAUUAUAUCGUUGAACAAGAUCUUUUAAAUGAAGAACUACUACUCCAGUCAGAGCAACUAGAGUUACUCUCAAACAACGAUAAUUUGGAACAAGUCUUGCAAAAUCUGCAAAUACUCGUAAAAGAUCGACAAAAACUCUUAAAAGCACAGCAUGUAUUCUUACAAGAACUCUCACAGGAACAGCAAGCAUCCUUACGAGAACAGGUAAACAUAAUGCAAGAAGAGUUAUCACAAGAACAGUUAGUAUUUCUGCAAGAAAACUGCCUAAAACAGCAAGAAGAACUUUUACAGCAAGAUACAUUCUUACAAAGAAAUAAUGGAUUACAAGCAUUCUUAGAACAACAGCAUAUACAAACAGAAAACCAAGGAAAAUUACUCUCACGAAAACAACAAGUGUUCUUACAAAAACAAGAACUGUUACUACAGAAGCAGCGAAAAAGCAUAAAACGCCUUGUUUAUGAAAUCGAUUCUAUAAUUACUAAUAAGAAUGUUUACGUUGAGUAUAUUUUACACAACCUAUCGCCGAAUAAUAGUCUAAAAACUAAUGUGAAAGAUGAAAUUAAUAAUAAUAUGGAAACAAUUCAAAAUAAAUCUACAUGGAUUAAUAAUACAUUGGGAAUGUUUGGAUUAUCUGAUAAUAAGCUUCACGAACUUAAAUCACAAAAUCAAGUACUUAAAAAACAAAAUCACGAACUUCAAUCACAAACUCAUCAACUACAAUCACAAAAUCAACAAUUGCAAUCGCAAAUUCAUCAACUGCAAUUACAAAAUCAUCAAUGGCAAUCACAAAACGAUAUUCUUCAAAGAAAGUUAGAGGAAAGAAGGCAGCAAAUUAAAGAAUUGAUAAAAUCUAACGAGGACUUCAAGAGAGAAACCACCGAGUAUCAAUUAGCUUUGGGCGAUGCAACUAAUUUUCACUUAGGGAGCCAAGAUUAUAAUAAUGCUGGCCAAUUAUCAAAAGACAUUCAUACUUUACAUGAUAAUUUAGAGAAGUUUUGUGGAUUGAAAAAGGGCGUUGACGUUAAAGAAAUGGAAGUAAAAGAUUUCUUAGAAAGAUUUGGUCAUUCAAUUGCCGGCAAUAUACGUAAAGGUAAUAAUAAAAUUUUGAUUGCGGCCUUAUUAGAACGGCACGUGCUAGAAGAGCUCAUCAUUAAAAAAGUCGGAGAAUACUUCGAUGCUCAAGAGAACAAUAUAAAUAGUGAACAAGAUGAUAAAGAACAACAACAAAGUUUGGAAAUAAAAAUAGUUAAUGCAACUGAGCAAUUAAUUAAAUUGUUAAAUUCAAUUUCGACAAAACGCGCUGGAACUGAUAAAAUUAGCAAAGCUGUUUCAACAAAAUUACGUCAACAAAUUUAUGGUGUUCUUGGAGAACGCGGAUUUUCCAAUAUUGUUAUCAACGAAGAAGAAAAAGAACAUCCAUUGAUUAUAAAUUUACGAGCAUCUAUUAUCGACUUCAUGAACCGCUAUCGUACAAUUAAGGAUGAAGAAAGAUUAUUAGAACAUAAAAUGUUAGUUGAUGAGAUCGUUAGACAGGCUGUUAGAAUAUUUUUUUUCCGACUAAAAGUUCAAGAACCCACCGCCCAUUGGAAAUUUUUUGAAAAAGACACACGAGUCAAUACUAUAAUGAUGGAUGCAUCUUGGGACGAAAAUGAACUUAACGAUUUAUGUGUUGAUGUUUGUGCAUUUCCGAUAAUUGGAUCUAAUCUUUGUGACGCUGAAAAAGCUGAUGAUAAUUUGAAAGUUAUCUUUCCUGCACGAAUUAUAACAGCUUCUGCUCAUAAAAGUCAUUAA